AUAUAUAUAUAUUAUUUUAAAUCUCACUCCUAUUCCAUCAAUACCAUCAUGCAUAAUAUAAAUAUCCACCCUCUCUAGUCCUCAGUUCUCACCAAAUCACCAAAUCAAGUCUUGUCCAUUAAUUUUCACCAUCUUUUUUAGACCUUCAAAACAAACCCAUCUCCACUAUCAGUUUAAUUUUGUCUCAUUUGCAAUGAAAAACCAUCACCAUCACCAUCACUUCAGUAGUAAGUGUAAGAAAAUCUUUGGUGGUAUUUUUCCAUCCUUUCAUAAAACUCAUCACCAUGAACAAGACUACUCUGCCCCUGCAGCUAUCCCAAACCACCGUCCUCAUCAUCAUAGUUAUGGAAGCAGUUCUUACAUAACCCAAACCAAACCAUCUGCCAAUGAUGGAAUUCCAUCAAACAGUGCCAAAGCUACUUCACGAGUAGUUCAGCCCAGGCACAUGCCCAACUUGGAUUAUUAUGUCCCACAGGAUAACUCGGCUGGUGCGGAGGAUAUUAACAAUGCCUUUUCUGAUUACAUUAACCGCUCAAGGAUUAAGAUCAGAGCUGUUUCAAAUGUUGGUGGUGGUGAGGAAACUGUCUCCGGAGUAGAUAAUGUUAAUCAUACAGAGAAAGAAGAUGAUGCUGAAGAUGAAUUUUCGAGUUACAUCAAUCGGGCUAAGCUCAGGAUCAGGAAGACAUCGAGCAUUGGAAGCAGAAACAUGAUCUCCUUUAAAAGAGAGUAAUUAAUUAUAAGAAAUUGGAAAUGAACUGUGUGAGGCAUAACAUUCUCUGGUAAUGCCUGAGAGCUGCAUUUGGUGGUAAUAUGGUUUUAAACAAGCAUAUGAAUAAUGGUGGUGCUGGGUCUUCCUAUAGCUAAUUAUUGAUUAAUGUUUCUGUUGUCCAUUCUCUCUCUGUCAUAUUCAUAUUCUCUGAUCAUUAUUUAUUGUAAUCUAUGAUCUAUCAGACAAUGGGUCUACUUUUUAUCUCAAGAAUAUACUUUCCAUAAGUUUCUUCAA